CACUUGUCCUUCAUUUCAUAUACAAGUACCAACUACCAAGUAUCAGGUAUUUUCAGAAAUCCAAUUCACCAGUGACUCCUCUCUUCAAUUCACAGUCCAUUUUCCAAAGGCUUCUUCAUCUUCCGGGCAUGGCUCUCAGGCAAGGCAAGUGGAUCAAGCUUGAUCAAGGUGGAACUGGGCCUGGAGCAAGAAGCUCACAUGCCAUAACCCUUGUUGGACAAAAGGCCUAUGCCUUUGGUGGCGAAUUCCAGCCACGUGUCCCGGUGGACAACAAGAUGCACGUGUUCGACCUCAAAGAGCUGACGUGGUCUGCAAUUUCCGGCACCGGCGAUAUCCCACCGCCACGCGUCGGUGUGACGAUGGCAACUAUUGGAAAAACCAUUUAUGUAUUUGGUGGCAGGGACAAUGAGCAUAAGGAGCUCAAUGAGCUUUACUCCUUUGACACAUCUACAAACAAGUGGACCCUAAUUUCCAGUGGGGAUGCAGGCCCCCCUCACCGGAGCUACCACUCGGUGACUACCGACGACCGUCAUGUGUAUAUUUUUGGGGGCUGCGGAGUGGCCGGCCGCCUCAAUGAUCUAUGGGCUUACGACGUUGUUGAUCAAAAGUGGAUCCAAUACCCAACACCGGGGGACAAUUUGAAGGGAAGAGGUGGGCCUGGACUCCUAGUGUCCCAAGGAAAGAUAUGGGUUGUGUAUGGCUUUGCUGGAGAGGAAGCAGAUGAUGUACACACAUUUGAUCUAGCCCAUAAAGAGUGGACCCAAGUUGAGACAGGUGGGGAGAAACCAACCGCCCGAAGCGUAUUUUCUACUGUUGCAAUUGGGAAAUACAUAAUUGUAUACGGUGGAGAAGUUGACCCCAGUGAUCUAGGUCACAUGGGUGCUGGAAAGUUUACCGCUCAAGCUUAUGCACUGGACACAGAGACAUUGCUGUGGAAGCAAUUGGAUGAUGGAUUGGAGUCGAGCCAUCAUCCUGGACCUCGCGGUUGGUGUGCAUUUACGUGUGGGGAAAGAGAUGGCCGAGUGGGACUUUUGGUCUAUGGUGGGAAUUCGCCGAGUAAUGAUCGGCUUGAUGACAUUUUCUUUUUCACUCCUUAUUUCGAAGCAGAUGAAAAGCAAUUAGCUUAAUUAUAGUUUCAUAUAAAGCGAGUGAAGGUGUUUGUGUCCACUAUAUGUCUCAAAAAACAAGACGAGAUUAUGGGUUAUGCAUGUGUGAAAAUAAGACCCAGUAACCUUUGUCUGAUGUCAGGAACGAGGUUGUAUUCAUAAUUUAGUAAAUUAUGGAUUUUGUAAACUGUUGUAAUAGUUCGAUCAUUUCAUCUUUUGUUGAUCUA